AUGACAUACCACCUAAGCAUCAACAUCAAUGGCUUCUCUGCAAGGAACGCCUUUCUCCAAGCAGUAGUGCGAUCAAGGAACAUUGAUAUUGUCAUGCUUCAUGCUUCAAGAGUCAUUAACAGUGGACACUCAGUGACAACAAGCACCACACAAAAUGGUGCCAGCGGAGGAUGUCGCUUCUUUCAAGCUUGCGACAAGAACUCCAAGCCUCCUAGAAGAACCAGCUCUUCUCUCCAAAAACAAAAGUAUUUCGUAGGAUCACUUCCCACUAAAAGUUUUCUCUAUUUAGCAUCCUUAGGUGUGAAUAAUGGGGGAGCUCUGGCCAGGGAGCAGAAGGCAGAGAAUCCCAAGGUUGUUGACAGCGGCUGUGGGACGCUCUUUAUCUAUAACGAUGCUAUUGUGUUCUCGCCGCCCCUUUACAGGCAGCGGUAUGAAAUGGUAAAGAGCAAGAUUAAAGAAAUUAGUAAUGGGUCCUUUAUGAAGGUUGUGGACAUGGGGAGUGCUGAGUUGGGUUUCUUUAAGUACCUUCGUGAGAUUCCAGGUAUCAGAGAGGUUGUGCUGGUUGAUAAGGAUGGCCAGAAAAUGCAGGAUAAUGAGUACAAAAUCAAGCCUUUCACGUCUGACCAUUUAGUGUUGCGUUCCAACCCACUGACUGUCCGAAUGGUGUGUGGUGACGUAAGGUUUUGUGACCCAGUAUUGCUAGGAGCUGAAGUGGUGACCAUGAUUGAACUGAUAGAGCACAUGCAAGAAUGGGAUCUGCCAGCUCUGGUGAACUGUGUGUUUCAUAGGAUACGGCCAAAGUUGGUCAUCAUCACCACGCCAAAUGCAGAUUUCAACAAACACAUCCCGAAAUUCAUUCCGGGGACAUUCCGACACUGGGACCACAAGUUUGAAUGGACGUCAAAGGAAUUUCAGAUGUGGUGCCAGAGCAUCAUACAGACUACUGGUAGCUACACUGUUGAAUACUCAGGGUGUGGACUUGGGCCAGAUGGAGAUUAUUGUUCACAGGCAGCUUUCUUUUUUCGAAUGACCACCGAUGAGGAAGAGGCACUAUCUCUCUCUAUGAAUAACUACUUACGGCUCAAUGCUGAAGAUAUAAGUAAAUUAUCACCAAAUACUAGUUAUAGUAAUGGAGGUUACAUCCUGUCACCAGGAAUAACAGAACCCAGUGCAUUCAAGAUGCUUGCCAAAUAUAUCUAUCCCUAUGACAGACGAACCCAGAGUGAAAAGGAUAGAGACCAUGCCAUUGCUCAGUUUCAUUCAUUGUUACGGUACUUGCGGGAGGGCGGCUCACCAGACUCGUCGUACAUCGAGUGUCAGGAUGAAGCAAAGGAGCUCAUUGGAGGAAGAAAUCAGAUUGCUAACUUGAAUUGUGACUUUGAAUUUAACAAAGAGGACCCAGUCUCCUUUCGAGUGAAUCAUGCAGAGAGAGAGGAGGACAUAAGCCAGAAGGUGUUAGAGGAGAACGAACAUGCGUUUACGAUUGUAGCAAAUAAAUAUGCAGUGAUAUCCAUGGUUGCCCUUUCAGCCUGGGUGAACCUAGGCCAUGACCACACAAUAGAGACAUCUAUUAUAAGGCUUGCUGUGGAAGAAGAGUGCUUUGAGGUAGAAGGUGAGGGAACAAGAUGGCAAGGCAAAGUCCAGCUCUUUGAAGAUUCAGAUUCCUCAAGUGCUGAAACCAUAGAGAACCUUGAGCAGCAGGAGGAGGAAGUAGAAGGGGAAGAUGAAGAGGACUGGGAAGGUGGAGACUGGUCGAGCCCUGAGGAAUUGCCUUCGUUGGGGGAAGGGAUAGUGAACCCUGCGGAGAACUGGGACUGGGGCCCUCCCGAUUCUGACUCGGGUUGGGAAUCUUGAUUUCAGCAAGAGUAAUAUUUCAUUUGCAUAUUCAUUUGAUGUUAUUAUUUUAUAUUCCAUAUAUAUGUAAACAGUUGAUUUUGUAGUCUGAAUAUGUGAGACUAUUUUGUAGAAUGGGAGCAAGUAGAUAUCGUUUGCCUUUAAUGUUUAGGAGAAUAAAAUUUCUGGAAUUUAUUAUACAGUAUUGGCUUAAUAGGCUUCUUUAUCAAAGUAUUAAAGCAAUUUCAAGGAAAGAAGCUCUUGAAAGAAAAUACAAAAGUAUGUAUUUAAAAAAAUCAAAAUAUUUAGAUGUCCUUAUUAAUGUUUGAUUAAAUGUAUGAUUUAGAGGGUAUUUCUUAAUAUGCCUUUAUAGAUGGUAGUUAUUGAGUAGAAGGAGAUUCUGUGUAUUUGUAUGAUUUAUUUUAUGCUUCUGAAUAACUUGAAGAAUUGAGAGAAAAGCAGUAUGUUAUAGCUUGUUAUUGGGAGUAAAAUGGAGAAAGGUGCUAUGUGGUGCUAAGAUUGCUCUCCUCUGCAAAAGAGUAGAGAAGUUGGUGAUGAGCGUUGUUAUGGGUGUGAAGAGAAGAUGAUUUUGUUUAUUUUUUCUUCACUGUUGAAUGUAGCUUGUUCAAAGAGGAACAAUGCUUUUAUUUGGUGAUACUAGUUUAUGCUUCAUGUUGUUGCAAGUGGCAAAAGAAUCUUAUGAGGCCAAUUUGUAGUUGUAUAUUAAUUUCUUUUUCAAAAAUUUAGGUUUCUAUGCAUCGGAUGGAUGCAAAUAUAGAUAUAGGUAGAGAUUUUUUAUGACUUUAAAGAUUGAAAGAAAGUCAUAAAAUAUGUUUUUGGAAGUGUUUGAAAAGCAACAUUAAUUGAUGUCUUAUGAAUGUGCCAAAUAUGUAAUCAGUGUUCUUUAAAAGGGAUAGACUUCAUAAGUGUAGGAUUGACAUUAAAAUACUAGUAAGCAUUUGAGAAACUCCUAGAAGGCCAGCAUGUUUUCUUUUAACAUUAAUGCAAAUGUAAAACAUGUAUUGAAAAAAGAAAUGAAAGAAAUUGAACUUGAUAAGCAGAAUUUUAAUGUAUGUACUACGUCGUCACAUCUUACAAGAUUAAUAGCAUAAUUAACUUUUUUUCAGAAUACCUUAUCAGUAUGUUUACAGUGUGAGAAAUCAUUACUGAAUAUUUAUUUUUCAAUACUUACAUAUAUAGAUCCAGGAACAAUAUGACAUGUCAGUUUUGGUAUAGAAUAAUGGAGCUAAUUUUUUUUUUUUUUUUUUCCCCUCCAUCUGUUACUCUCUCUCUCUCUCACCGGUCUCUCUCUCUCUCACCGGUC